AUGGCUACAGUGCCACAGAGAACACUAGACUGGCUCUAUCGUGUUCUUACAAGUGCAUAUCACGACCCCAACAGGACAUACAAUGAUGUAGCGCAUUUAUUGGCUCAGUACCCCCAUUUUUCGCCUAGGACGGAUGUGUAUACGCAUGAAAACGGCGCAUCUGCGCUACUCCUUAACCUCUUCGGCACAUUGCCUGUUUCCUUUCGCGGCGUGUUGUAUCGAUUUCCAAUAACAGUAUGGGUGCCAACUACAUACCCGAGAGAUCCGCCCAUCGUGUAUGUCACACCGACGAAGGAUAUGUUCGUUAGACCGGGACAACACGUUAGCGGGGAGGGGCGGAUAUAUCACCACUAUCUGGCGCACUGGGCGGAGGCAAGCAAUCGAUCUACUAUCGUGGACUUUCUAUAUAUUCUACGAGAGGUUUUCGCCAAAGAACCUCCCGUGACAUCUAAGCAAGCGCAGAUAAGCAGGCCCAUACCUCGCCAGGCCGAUCGGCCCCCUCCGGCUGUUCCUCCACUUCCACCGCAGCUUGCAAGGCCUGAACCCCAACCAAACCCUAGUCCUCGACCAGCACAGAUUCCUCCGCAGCUACCGCCGAAACCGGGAAAAGUGGUCGAACCGCAAGCGGCGGGCGAAAUACCAGUACCUGAGAAGUAUACGGAGCCACCUCCGCUUCCACCUCUUCCCGAUGAGCUCCGUGAUCCAAGACGCGGCUUCGUCCAACCACCACCAUUGCCCAGUCAAGCUUCGCCUAACCAUAGUGUAAGCCAUCCAGCACAUCAGCCCAGAGGCUCAGGCACGCUUGAACCUCCGAGCCGGUUCCAGCACGGACAUGUGCCGCACCAUCCAGGAUAUCAACAAGAGAGCCUUGGCCCUACCACCCCAACAGCCCAAAGCGGACCACCACCCCCGCCUCCUCCACAGGUUUCGGUUCACCGAUCAGGUCAACCCGUUUCAUAUGGUCAGCCAGCUACUAUGCAAGGCGCGGCGCCUCAACACCGACCUAUCCCACAAGGCAAAUAUCCCUUGCCCUCCCAGCAACCUCCUGAACCAUUAGCAAGACAUCAAGAGCCAGCGCGGCGGAAGCAGCCGGCUCCCGAUCUUCUCACUUCCCCCUUCGAUCUAGAACUCCCAUCCCAGGCCCUCACAGCCGCACCGCCACCCAUCCCGCCAAAUCCAGAGAAGGACUUCCUCCUUAAAACACUCUCCCGCACACUAACGCAGACCCUCCACGAUAACAUCAACAAAACCAACUCCGGCCUCCAACCACUCAACUCCCAAUCCCAAGCUUUACAGGCAGCCAUAACCACGCUGAAAUCCGAGAUCGCAGCUCUGAACGCGUUCCACGCCACCUUGCAAUCCAAUACGUCUAUCCUCCAGCAAUCUCUCCAUCGAGCCGACGGAAUCAUCGCCGACGCGCGUGCCCGAAUCUCUUCGUCGUCAUCUACAUCCGGCCCGUCAGAGGAACAGCCUUCCACCGGCCGAUAUCCCUCAGGUCUUCCACCGAUCGAUGAAGUCCUCGUGCCGCCGACCGUCGUCGGAAAACAAAUAUACGACCUCGUCGCGGAUGAACGCGGGAUCGAGCGGGCGAUCUAUGCGCUGCAGACCGGACUCGUCAAGGGGCGGGUUGGACUGGACACGUGGGCGAAGUUGACGAGAAGCUUGGCGAGGGAAGCGUUUCUGAAGAAGGCGUUGAUCAGGAAGGCUGGGGUUGGGAUGGGAUUGAGUGUUGACGCGAGAAGCUAG